AGCUCUUAAUAUUUGUUUUGACUUUCAUUUCAUACCAUGUUUGCUUGAUUGAGAAAUCUAAGUGCAUAGUAAUCAUCUCUGGUCCAAUGAAAAUGUGGAAGAGAAUGGAUUUUCAAGAAGAAGCAAUUCAAUUGAUCAACUCUGAUUUCAGAGACCUGAGUCUCGCUGCUAAUAGACUCGCUCAUCAUGCCAUCAAACUUGGUGGCAUGGGCUUUGGAGCCUCUUUUUUCGGUUUCAUCGCUGCCAUUGCUGCUAUUUAUCUGUUGAUUUUGGAUCGUACAAAUUGGAAGACAAAUAUUCUCACGGCACUACUCAUUCCAUACAUUUUCUUCAGCUUGCCUUCAUUAGUUUUUGGCGUCUUCAGGGGAGAGAUUGGAAAAUGGAUUGCUUUAAUUGCUGUUGUAUUACGCCUUUUCCUUCCUAGACACUUCCCUGAUUGGCUGGAAUUGCCUGGUGCUUUGAUUCUUCUUAUCGUUGUAGCUCCUAGUCUAAUUGCAAGCACCUUCAGAGACAACAUUGUUGGGGUGGUAGUGUGUCUCAUCAUUGCAUGCUAUCUGCUGCAAGAACACAUUCGGGCUUCUGGUGGUUUCAGAAACUCAUUCACUAAAGCUCACGGCAUAUCAAAUUCCAUUGGCAUAAUACUUCUGUUGGUCUAUCCCAUCUGGGCGCUGGUGGUCAUCCUUUUUUAGGAACCACCAUUUGGACUUGAUUGAUAUCUGAGAUUUAAACCAUUGUUUAAUGUGUGUGAAUUAUCUUCUGUAUCAUUCAUUUGUUGAAACUUUAUAUCUAUCUAUAAACACCCUGCCAUUGUUUUACGAUUCACCCAUGUCCUAAAGUUAGCAUGUGUAAAAAAGUGGAAUCAAAUCUCAGUGAAAGACUUGUGGUUUCAUAGAAUGUAAAAAAACAAAAGAAGAUGAAGAGGAUUGAUGUGGUAUCGUUCUUGGCUUCUAGCUGCUCGUGUAUUCACAAAUCAUGUAUCAUUUGGGGAUAUAUUUGUAUUCUUACAUGUGGGAUAUAAUAUAAAUUUACAUUUGUUGCUGCUCUGCAUUA